UGUAAAUCCCGUCACUAUUAUUCUCCAAAACACUUAGUUAAGUUCAGUCAUUAUAAUGAAGUUUUUAUUCGUGGUGGUUCUAUUUCCUGGGCUAAUCAGUUUUAUUUAUGGAUAAUAGUUUUGUCCUUGAAGAAAUACCCGUUAACAAUCGUCGUGGAUUCUUCGAAACAAAACAUGUAUUUAAUAACAAUGGGUUGCCGGGAAACUGGAGCAAAACCAGUGAUUACCAAAUUUCUGGAAAACAUUGUUUUCCGUAUGAAGUUGUAUCCUUUCUGAAUGGUCAAAUUGUGGAUAAACAAUGUUUAAAAAUUGAACCAACUUGGAUGAAGGAAUUUGGUGAUUUAAUUUUAUCUGAUAUGAUGAUUCCAGGCACACAUGAUUCUGGAGCAUUUACAACUAGAUCAAUAAACUUGUUAUUUAAAAGAUUUAUUUUAACUCAAAAUAGUGAUAUCUGGAAUCAACUAGUAACAGGAAUAAGAUAUUUUGAUUUUAGAGUGGGAUUUCGCAACAACGAAUUUUAUUUAUAUCAUGCAUCAGCCAGGUGUACCAAACUAGCCCCAGAACUGGACAGUAUUAAAAGGUUUUUGAUGAAAGCUUCAUCCGAAGUUGUUAUUCUAGAUUUUCAUCGCUUUGUGUAUCCGAAUAAUUUUACAUCUGAAAUGCACAAAAAACUUCAAGAUUUGCUGCUUGAGUACCUUGGAGAACAUAUAUUUAUGCGACCCCAUGACAUUUAUACCUACAAUUUAAGGAUUAAGGAUUUUUGGAGCAUAAAUCAAAGAGUUAUUAUUAAUUACAACGAUAGAAUGCAAAGUGCUCGUGUUCCAUGGCUAUGGGAGGGAUUAAGGCGGGACUGGGGUAACAUUCAAGAUCCCAAAGAAUUAUUAAGUUACAUAAAAUACAUAUCAUCCAGACAGGCAGAUGGCAAAAUCCAUGUGUUAUGUGCAGAACUAACUUUAUCCAUUUCGUAUGCCAUAACUCAUCCGACAGUAACUCUUAAGAAGUUUGCAGAUAGUGUUAACAUAAUGUUAACUCCACUGCUAAGGGAGUACCACAGGGCGGAUAAUUUAAGAGUUAUUGCCACGGACUUUUUUACUGGAAAUGAUGUUAUUAAUGUUGCCAUAGAUGCUAAUAGAAGAAAAUUGGAACAAUAUACGACCAGAUCUUAUUAUGGAUUUGGAUAAUUAUAGUGUCCCAUAAACAAAGACUUUUUGUGCUGUUUUUAUAAAAAUGUAAAUUUUUACCAAAUAUUAGAAAUACAGUAAAAAGGUUCAUUAGAACUAGCAUUUAUAAAUAAACUUGCAUUUUUUCUUUUAAAAAAGUUUUUUAGUUCAGCUGAGCCUGAAGCUAUUUCGGAUAAUUUUCUCAUAAAAUUUUCUUACAAAAUAAAAUGAUAUCCCAGAUUAAAUUGCACCAACAAAAAACAUCAUCAUGAAAGUAUCAUAUAUAUAUGGGGCAUUCCACGCCAAAUCGGAUGGUUUAAAAAAAAAU